GGCUAGUUUUGUCAAUCGCCGUGGUGUGAGCGGCGGCAGCGGCCUGAACGCACGCCACAUGUAAACAAAACAGUGACAAAACACGCGGUGCCACGGUGGUGAGUGUCCAUCACCAGGGACUCAUGGAUGGCAGUAGGUACACAGACAGUAGCAAGAACCCAACAAGAAAACUCACUGAAUGUAAACAUCACUCCACCAUCGCACACCAGUACUAGACUACUAGUAGUGCAGAUAUAGAAGGUUCCCAUAACUUCUACUCAAACAUACCUCUUACCUAAGCCAGAACAACUCACCAUCGAACUAUUAACGUAUGGGACGCUAGAGGUUGACACCAUAGCAGGACGGCCCCCGCAAACCUGCAAUAAGGAUAAUGACAAGCACUAUAGAAGAUAAACAAGAUCCAUUGAUGAUGGGUGAUGAAAAUUCAGGCAGUCCCAUGAAGCUGCACACUGAGUAUCUGUCUUCAGGUGUGAAUCAGAUCAGUAUGGGCAUUGACUGGAACACUGAUGGUAUAGUGUGCUAUGCAGCAAGCACUGGUGUGCUGCUCUAUGACCCACAGGUCCAUGCCGUGACUGGGGCCAGCAUCAAGCAUCACACAAAGAGGGUGACUUGUGUGCGUUGGGUCCAUCCGACUCCAACAGGAAGCUGCAUGGUAGUGUCUGGUGGUGGUGAUGGCAAGGCUGUGCUGUGGACUAUAUCACAAAAAAGGACAGAGGGCCUUCAUGUGCUCAAUCCACUCAGUGUUUUAGAUCAUGGAGAUUCAGUGAAUCUGGUUGAUGCCACAGUGGUGAAGGUUAAAGAAAAGGAGAUGAUUCUUGUUGUAACAGCCUCAACAGACUUAAUCAGCACAUGGCUUGUUUGUCCUGAAUCUGAAACACAUGAACAUUUACAUUCAUCUGCUCCUCCUGGAAAUGUAUUCCCAUUGAGCCUUCGAUUAUUUGAAGUUUCUGGGGCAAAAUUUCCAGUCAUUGUGUGUGGUGGACAUGACAGUAGAAUUCAUAUUCUGGCAGCAAGGGAACUUGGAGUGUACUACUCAGUAUGUAGGUUAUCUGGUCAUGAAGACUGGGUAACCUCAUUGGCAGUCAUGAAGGAAGAUGAUGGAGGGCUCCUGUUGGCCAGUGGCUCCAAAGAUGCAACAGUACGAUUGUGGAAAUUGUUUAAACUACAAAACAUAAAUGAACCACAAGAGGAACAAAAUGCUUCAAGCGUAGAGUUGAAACUGAAGAGUAUAACAUUUGAAAUACCAUCUUUGUGUGAAGAUAUUUCAUUGUGUGCCUUGCUUGAUACUGUCUUGUCUGGACAUGAGGGUCUUGUGUCUGAGGUGUGUUGGGCCAGCCCAUCAUUCCAGGGUGAUAAACUGCAAGCAACAUACAGACUUUUGACCUGCUCCAAGAUGCAAGACCGCUCUAUUAUUAUCUGGGAGCCCAAUGAAGACACAACAUCCAGCAUGUGGCUGGAGGUGGCUCGUCUUGGGGAGGUUGGAGGCAACAUGGAGGGUUACUACAGUUGUCAAUUCAGUCCUGAUGGAUCACAAGUGUUGGGCUGCAGCUACCAGGGAGCCCUUCAUCUAUGGGAGCUACAAGAUGGUGCAUGGGAGCCUUGUGUGGUGGCUGGUGGACACUUCAAUCAAGUGGCAGACAUAGCUUGGGAUUUAAGCAGCAGAUAUCUGUUAUCAGUCAGCAAAGACCAAACUACCCGUCUCCAUGCUGGUUGGAAAGCCAAUAAUGAGUAUCUGCAAGAUGUGCACCAAGUACAGAAUGAGGGGAAAGAUGAUGUGCAGGCAUAUUUCAAACCACUUUCUCUCUCAGCCCCACCAACAGAGGACCAGCUCAUGCAGAACACCCUUUGGCCUGAGAUUUCCAAAUUGUAUGGUCAUGGGAAUGACAUCUUCACUGUUGCUUCUUCAUCUGAUGGCUCAAUCCUUGCUUCAGCGUGCCGGGCAGCCAACAACAUAGAUGCUGCCAUUAUUCUUUGGAAUACAACAAGUUGGAGUAAAAUGGAUACUCUAGCAAAGCACCGCCUAACUGUUACUCAGCUGGCCUUCUCUCCAGAUGAUCAGUACCUCUUGUCAGUCUCCAGAGAUCGAACUUGGACUGUCUUCAUGAGAGCUGAAAAUAAUAAAGGUGUAACAUACAAAUUACAACAAUCUUCAACCAAGAAAGAAGACACACAUUCUCGUGUAAUUUGGUCAUGUGCAUGGCUGCCCGACUCCAUUCAUUUUGUCACUGCCUCCCGAGACAAGACUGUGGUUGUGUGGGGACUAGUUGAUUCAGUCUGGUGCAAGAAGGCUGUCCUUAAUGAAAAUGAUGAAGUUACAGCAGUAGCAGCCACCAAUGUGCAGACCAGUCACUGUGUUCUCAUUGCUAUAGGUUUGUUAAGUGGAGAUAUUCAUCUAAGAAGAUACUACCCGAAAAAAUCAGCCUUUUCCUUGGAAGUCACGAAAGUGUUUCACAAGCACCAUGAUGUUGUUAGGCGUUUGAAGUUUAGACCUACACUGGAAAGCACUACCAAUGUUGUGUAUCUUGCCUCUUGUUCCAGUGACAGUAGAGUGAAUAUAUAUAAAAUAAACUUGUAACAUGUUGAUAUAAAAUGUUCUUAACUACCUUUUUUGGUACUAGGAAUAUCUGUUUUGUAACACAUUCAUAUUGGAAGUGGGAUAUUGCUUGUGAUUGUGAAAUUUAAAUGUUGCAUUGUCUGUAUGUUUGACUGUGAAGCUUUACAAUUAUAACUUCAUAUAUAUUUUUAUGACAUGACCUUAAAUUUUAUCCUCUAGCUAAAGAGCUUUUAAAUUGAUGUAAUAAUGACUGUCCUUGAGCCUGGUAUGUUUUGUAUAAAGUAAGCCACACCUA